AUGACCAGCCAGGUCCCCCUAACCUCCUGGCUCCUCUCCGCAACCCCCAAUGCCCUGAAACGAGCAACAGCUCACCCCUUCCUCGCCUCUGCCGGCCGCGGCACCCUUCCAAAAUCAACUCUAUCCCAAUGGCUCGCCCAAGACCGUCUCUACGCACAAUCAUACAUCCGAUUUAUCGGCCUCCUACUAGCUAAGAUCCGCAUACCGGCCCAGAGAGCAAAUAGCGCAUCCCCGCUCAAACCGUCUUCGGAACAACAUGCCGUCGAGGUCCUGAUCGAUGCCUUGGUUAACAUUCGAACCGAGUUGAAAUUCUUCGAGGAUACAGCCAAUGCUUACGGGUUGGAUUUAACUGCUAUCUCAGCCGAGGAAGGUGGUGAGAGUCUUGCUGAGUCCGGCUCCGGAAAUAUUACUACCUCGGCGGGCAUUUCGACGACGGGGUCGGGGUCUUGUCCCGGUUCGACGGGUGUGGCUCGUGGAAACCAGAAUAAUUCUCCUGCUGCUGAUGCUGAGGGGGAGAUGGAAGGGGUUAAGGCUGAGGAACAUAGACUCUGUGGGGCGCAAGGCGAGUGCCAGAUGCAGGCUGGAAGUGACAUUUGUUAUCCCCCUUCGCCUCGGAAACCGCAGGGAGGAACGAAUGUUGUGGAAAGGGAGCCUUCUCUACCAUCUGGUGGGCGCCCAGCGUCUGCGGCGCCGUUGGAGAGAGGUGAACCGAUUUAUUUCGCGGCGACGAGUAUCACGCACGCGUACAUUGAUAUGUUCAUGUCGGCGGGUAGUACGGGGAUCUCUCUUUUGGAGGGAUUGGCUGUGCUGUGGGCGACAGAGGUGUGUUAUUUGAGGUCGUGGAGGUAUGCGGCUUCAUUUCUGAAGUUGAGGGGUGGACAGAGUCAGGACGAUGCGGAUGGUGGGGCGUUGAGGGAUAAGUUUAUUCCCAAUUGGUCGAGUGUGGAGUUUGAGGACUUUGUUGAUCGCAUUGGGGAUGUGUUGGAUGAGAUGGCAGGGGAGACUAAGGGGUCGGAGGAGGCGGAGAUGAUGCGCGGAAGGUGUUUGGAGUGGUGGAGGCAGGUGGUUUGGUUGGAGGAGAGGUUUUGGCCUGCCAUGGAUUAG